AUGCCCUCCACAGUUGGCCUUCUCUCAACUAGUCUCUACUAUUUGGGACUGGCCUUGAAUGAACUGGAAGGAUACUUGCCUGGAAACCCCAGAAUUUCAUACAGUGAAUUUGUAGAUUCUACUGGCGGGUUUUCUGAGGCAAAUCUUGUAGGAAAUGGGGCUUUUAAGUCUGUUUACAGAGUUUGUUCGAAUCUUGAUUUCAAAGCUUUGAUUCUUCCAUAUAUGUCAAAUGGAGGUUUGGAGAGAUGGUUAUAUCCUCCUGUAAGGAGUGGAUACAGAUUAAAUUUGCAUGAUCGGUUAAGAAUAAUAAUGGAUAUAGCAGAAGCAAUGGCAUAUCUUCAUCACCAUUGCACUGUACAAGUGAUCCAUGGUGAUCUAAAAGCCAGCAAUGUUCUAUUAGGGGAUGAUAUGACUGCAUAUAUUGCAGACUUUGGCAUUGCCAAAAUACUAUCUAGCAAAUCCUGGGAUCAUUUGACUUCCACAAAUGCACUCCAGGGGUCUAUUGGUUAUAUUGCACCAGAAUAUGGAAUGGGUCAAGAGAUUUCGACAAAUGGAGAUGUAUAUAGUUUUGGCAUUUUACUCUUGGAGUUGUUGAUAAGGAGGAGACCAGUUGAUGAAAUUUUUAGUGAAGAAGUCAAUCUACAAAAAAUGGUGGCAUGCCUCACUGCAUUGGUGCAAGUGGGAUUAGAUUGCACAAACCAGUUGCCUCAACAACGCCCAGAUAUGACUGAAAUAAUCAAGAGAUUACACAAUAUUAAAGGUAAAUAUGCUGAUGCCACCCGAGAUUAUUAA